AUGGAGCCAAAUCAAUUAAAGACUAAUUGGUUGCCUGCUGCAGAAUUAAUUUUAUUUUUGGAAAGAGGUGAUCUAAUUGAAAUUUCCCGGCAAUCAUACACUCAUUGGGUCGUAUAUAUUGGUAUUUUUGACGAUAUACAUUGUGUUGCACACAUUUCUACCGAAAAUCAUGGAAGUGCUAAUAAAAAGGAAAUUGGAGCUAAAUUAUUAAGUCGGAGUGUUGCUUCGGUUCGUUCUGAUCCAUUUCUUAUUGUCGCUGGCGCGGAUCUUUCACGUGUAAAUAAUUCUUUGGACAAUCAUCGAAGGCCAUUUCCUCCAACAAUUGUUGUGGAACGCGCCUUGCAGAAACUGGGAACUGGUAACUACAAUCUUAUGCACAAUAAUUGCGAACAUUUUGCUAAAUGGUGUCGAUACUCGCUUAGGGAAAGUGAUCAGGUUUGA